AUGUCCCGACAAAUCGCAUUUCAAGCUUCCCGCUUGGCUUCGCGAGCGAUCCGCUCUUCAACGCCCAUCUGCCGCUCAAGCUUCCGUAUCGCUCCUGCAAUCUCGCACCUUUCCAUCCGAUGUGCCCUUUCGCAAAAAUGCUUCUCGACUACAAUUUCCGACAAGCGGGGUAUCAUGCCUGAUACGGAGAAUCCUGCCAAGCCUUUGAACGAAGCCGAAGAGAUCCAUCAGAAUGCUGUUGUCGCCGAUAUUACUGAGCAAGAGUAUCAUGACCUUGCGGACGAGUACCUCGAUAAUGUUGUCGGCAAGUUUGAGGAACUCCAAGACCAGCGAGAAGACAUCGACGUCGACUUCUCAGCUGGAGUCCUCAGCAUCAGUUGGCCUGACAAGGGCACGUACAUCAUCAACAAGCAGCCCCCUAAUAAGCAGAUAUGGCUGUCAUCUCCCAUCUCUGGUCCUAAGCGUUAUGAUUGGUGCCUCUUUGGAGAGGGUCAGAAUGAGAAAGAGGGCACAGCUGUGGGUGACUGGAUCUACGUUCGUGAUGGAUCCAGCCUAAACCAGGUUUUUUCUGAGGAGCUUGGUGUCGACAUUGACGUUCCGAGUGAGGAGUAG